AUGAAGCUCAUCUUCCUCACCGCCCUCCUCGCCACCGCGUCGUCGGUCGUCGCGCUCCAAAUGUCGGACACAGACCGCACCGCGCUCGCCAAGGAACUCGAGCAGUGGAAGUCGAGCCAUGCGGGCAAGUCGGCCGAGUCGCUCGGUCUUCUUCCGUCCCAGAACACGGAAGAGGCGCUGACCGAAGAAGCCAAGCUCGAGGACGAGCUCACGCGCUUUGCCAACGCCAAGGAGGUCGUCGCCGACCUCAACAAGAAGCACCCGGGCGCCAUCUUUGACUACAACAACCAGUUUGCCCUUCUCAACGCACACGAGUUCGAGGCGUACGUCAAGGGCUCGUUCAACAAGGAGCAGGCGCGCCGCGUUCUGCGCGCCGAGCGCGAAGAGACCACGCUCACGCAGUCCCAGAUCGAGGCCGCCGACAAGGACUGGACGACGAGCAAGUGCAUGCCGCCGGUCAAGAACCAGGGCAGCUGCGGCAGCUGCUGGGCCUUUGCCACCGCCGGCGCUUCAGCCAUGGGCCACUGCAUCGUCACGGGCAAGCUCCUCGACCUCUCGGAGCAGCAGCUUGUGAGCUGCGCCAAGAGCGCAGGCCAGGGUUGCCAGGGCGGCUGGCCCAACAAGGCGCUCGACUACAUCUCGUCGACCGGUCUCUGCUCGGCCAAGGACUACCCGUACACGACCAGCGACAGCGCCUGCAAGUCGUCGUGCUCCAAGACCAAGCUCAGCAUCGGCAAGACCGUCGACAUUCGCGGCGAGAGCGCGAUCCAGAAGGCGCUCGACACGCAGCCGAUCUCGGUCACG